CAUCCCCGCAACUUUUCUUGUCACUACUCACUCUACCUCUGUACUACUUGUAGUUAUUGCUCCAUUACUUCUCACUACCGGUACUAAACUACUCCCUCUUCUACCUACUAAAAAGGUCGACUUCUUAUUACCCGCGCCGACGUCAGAUCUGCUUUUCCCUUUCCCUUUCCCUACUCUCUUCACUUCAUUCGCUUUCGAAUUGCCUUCAUCUCAAAAUACCAAACACCUGCACGAAGCAAUGCCCAACCUUAUUGUUGCUUGAUCACACCUUACCCUUUGUUCUCCAUUGUUCGUUGGCGACUUUCUGUUUCUUUUGUCUGAUUAUAGUCCUUGACCCAACAUCUCAAGCCAAAUCGAUCCGCCAUCCAACAUCACGUUCAAACCCUCAACCACUCGCCCUCUAUCCACAAUGUACAGACCAGAUCCGAUCCUGUCAUCUUCCCCUCUUCGACCCUCUUCUCGACCUUCACCCACAGAUGCCAGCGAGGACGAGCUUGCCGUAGAUUAUGUGACACAACCUACUCAACCCUUGAGUUCGGUCAAGGUUGACGGCACACGCUCGCAACACUUUGCACCGGGGGCCACUCGACACAUGACGCAGCAGACGAUUCCCUACAGUAUGGCAGGUCGCGCUGCAAUACCCGGAGGUUCUUAUAUCACGCAACCGACGCAACCUCUCGAUCCGCAAACCCUCAACCGCAACUCUCCGCCGCAAGUGCACCGAGCAUCUUCACCGCAACGAAAGCUUCCAUCGGGUACGCAGCCCACCCAGAUACUGAGCACACCUCCGCGGCCGCAGACACACACCCACGUCCAAGUAGUUCGGAGUUCCCCUUCAAAUGAUCGCCACUCGUCCCCAUUGUCGCAAACACAACGUGCCUUUCCAUCAAGCAUGGCCCCUCCUGGUACAAUCUUCGUAAACCCUCCGCGCGUAGCACGACCCGCUCCGAUUGACCUCACAGCAUACUCCGAUCCACCAGUCGAGAGUGAUCCGGAUGAGGAGGACGAUUUUCGCUCGAACAUAAAGCCGUCAGACAUCGAGACCUGGUCUACCAAUGCUCGCAUUCAGGAAACACCCCCGCAACGAGUUCCGAACUUCUCACAGUACGCCUACAAUGGCACUUCGCAAGCCAAGCGUUCCGCGGAUUCCUCUUUCGCCAGCAACUCGCCUCAGAAAAGAAUGCGUCCUAUGCAGCGCCAAUCAGGCCCCUCUCGUGCUAUGCCUGUGGGUGACGUCUAUAUGCGCAUAACAGACAUCAAGGAUGACGCACUCCGCAUAAAAGUGCAACGGCUUAAAUCCAUUUAUGCGACCAAGACUUUAAAGGAGUUAAUGGACAAGCUAGACGAACACGGGGGAGAAUAUGAGGCAACAAGACGUGCCCUUAGCCAGCCAUCACCAUCUAACGAUAAAUUUUACAUGCCUAAAUUUCUCCGGGAUGGCUCCUCGGACGUCGAAAUCAUUCCUGCUCCACAGCCCAAGAAGACCGCACAACGAUUCCUGAAUGCGCCCAUCAAGAGUAUCAGGGAACGUUACAGGCAGGCUACGCCAGAUCGCGAAAGUAGCCCUCAAUUGAUAACAUCUAGCCCCGCCGCCGCACCGCCCAAGAAAAAGGGGAGACUACAAAGAGGACGGAAGAAUCGUACUCCCGAACCCGCGUCAAGUCCUCAGCGUCAGCCCACUCCUAUCGCUUUGGAAUCGGACUCAGACGAAGCCAUUGGGACGGAUGAGGAAGAUGAAGCAAGCGAUGACGUGGCUGACAGUCCAAGUUUGCUCGAAUUUUUCAACACUUGCUCCGUUGAAGCGAUGGUGGAUCUUUCAAAUGAAAAGGUCGAGGACGUGCGCGCGUUGCUUGAGCACCGCCCAUUCAGAUCCAUGGCACAGAUCGAAAAGAUAAACCUCGAGCCGGACAAUGGAAAGAAGAAAGCCAGGAGGCCAAAGGUUGCAUUUGGUGCAAAAUUGAUGGCUAAAGCUACCGAGAUGUGGGAUGGGUUCAUGGCAGUUGACGACCUUGUGAGAGAAUGUGAGAAUGCAGGAAAGCCUAUUGCAAAUGCCAUGGCCCAAUGGGGAGUAGACGUCUUUGGAAGCUCUACUGAUGGUGAAGUCGCCAUCACAAAUCUCGAGGACAAGAGUGAUGCGACACACGAUUCCGGCAUAGGCACGCCCCGGAGUAGUCAUGGAAGCGAUACGGAAGUAGAUCCCCGGCGUAGGAGGAGCAACUUCGUCAAGAAGCCUUCCAACAUGAACGCAGAGAUCGAACUCAAAGAUUAUCAGCUUGUUGGGCUGAAUUGGCUGGCUUUGCUCUACCAGAAUGGCGUCUCUGGGAUCCUUGCGGACGAUAUGGGACUUGGGAAAACUUGCCAGGUCAUUGCGUUCCUCUCCCAUCUGAAAGAGCAACAAAUGCCAGGCCCGCACCUUGUUAUUGUUCCCGGUUCUACUCUUGAGAAUUGGCUCCGCGAGUUCAAGCGCUUUUCUAAGAAAAUGAGGGUUGAGGUGUAUUACGGUUCGCAGCCGGCACGAGCUGAACAGCAGCAAGUCAUUUUAGACGCCAUUGACGAAGGCCGCGUCGAUGUCAUCAUCACCACGUACGAUCUUGCGCACAAGAAGGAUGAUAACUCCUUCUUGCGUAAAUGCCGACCAAAGGCAUGUGUCUACGAUGAAGGACAUUACCUUCGUAAUUCGGCAACACAACGAUACAAGAUGCUUAUGCGCAUCAAGGCCGAAUUCCGAUUGUUGUUGACUGGCACGCCUCUCCAGAACAGCCUUCGUGAGCUUGUCUCGAUUCUUGCAUUCAUCAUGCCCGACAUCUUCGAGAACGUCUCGGAUAACCUAGAGGCUGUGUUCAAAUCGAAGGCUAAGGUCAAUGAUUCGGAUACACACGGUGCACUUUUGUCUACCCAGCGAAUCCAGCGAGCUCGCUCGAUGAUGACGCCUUUUGUUCUCCGACGCAAGAAAGCACAAGUCCUCAAGCAUCUGCCACAAAAGACUUGCCGAGUGGAAUACUGUGAUCUGCUGGAGUCGCAAGCGAAGCUCUAUGCUACCCAGUUGGAACGUCAAAAGAGGGUCCUACUCGAUCGCGCCAACGGCAUCAUACCUAAAGAUCACGCCAACAUCAUGAUGAAGCUUCGCCAGGCCGCUAUCCAUCCUCUGCUGUUCCGCGACCGCUAUAAUGACAAGGUCAUCCGCAAGAUGGCAAAGGCGUGUCUGAAAGAGCCCAUCUUUGCAGACAGCCAGGAGGAGUACAUUUACGAGGACCUCACUGUGUAUACAGAUUUUCAAUGCAAUGAGCUGUCAAGGAAAUACCCCAAGACCUUGGGCAAAUUCGCUCUCAAGAACGAGGAAUGGAUGGAUUCGGGGAAAGUGCAGAAACUCGCGGAACUGCUCAAAAAGUAUAAGGAGAAUGGCGAUCGUGCACUGGUUUUCUCGCAGUUCACUUCCGUUAUGGAUAUCCUGCAGCUUGUGUUCGAGACGCUUGACAUUGCAUACUCACGUAUUGACGGUUCGACACCGAUUGGAGAACGCCAGCCAUUGAUUGAUCAAUAUUACGAAGAUGAUUCGAUCACUGUCUUCAUGCUCAGUACCAAGUCGGGAGGAGCAGGCAUCAAUCUGGCCUGCGCGAACAAGGUCAUCAUCUUCGAUUCGUCGUUCAACCCCCAGGAUGACAUCCAGGCCGAGAACCGCGCGCAUCGUGUUGGACAGACCCGAGACGUCGAGGUCGUCCGAUUCGUGACCAAGGGCACCGUCGAAGAACAGAUUCAUGCUCUUGGGGUUUCCAAACUCGAGCUGGACAAGAUGGUGGCAGGCGAGGAAGGCGAAAGUGCUGGCAACGGCAAGAAAGGUGCCAAGGCAGACGCUGGCGCUAUUAGUGCAGCGGAAGAGCAAGGCAUUGACGCGGUUGAGCGGAUGAUGCUAGAGCAGUUGCAGAAGCAAGAUGAAGGCAAAGAUGUCAAAGAGAAGUUCUUGGAUGGAAUGAAAGCAGCAGGCAUCCCAAUGGCGGAGUAAGGGUUUUCGAGAGAGAAGGGUCGUGUUAGGCACCAUACAUGUCUCUAGUUGUUCAAGGAGCGAACAUCGAGACAUACGAGGCGUUGUUGCAUCUUUUUGUGUUUUGUUGAAUAGCAUAGAUACCUGAGGCGACUCUUCUAAUGGAUAUUUGAUGUUAUAUACCAACUUCGAAGAGCAUGUCCUUGUAGUGGUAGCAAGUAGGCAUCCUUCUUUAAUUAAA